AUGGGGUCGACCGCAGACUCCCGCGCGGGCAUCCGCGUGUGCGCGCGCUUCCGGCCGCAAAACAAGCUGGAGCAGACGCACCAGGCCGUGGAGUGCGUGCGCCUGCAGGACGGCACCGCCGCGCACGUGCACAGCGAGGCCCGCGGCGUGUCGGACGACCACACUUUCACGUUUGACCAGGUCUUCGGCACUUCGUCCUCACAACUGGAAGUGUACGAGGCGACCGCCAAACCGCUGGUGGAGUCCGCUCUACGCGGCUACAACUGCACAUGCUUCGUAUACGGCCAGACGGGCUCGGGCAAGACCUUCUCGAUGGAGGGCGUGCCCGGGGACGCCGACUUUGAGGGUAUCAUCCCGCGCGUCAUGGCCGACAUCUUCGACGGCAUCCAGAACAUGCAGGCAGACCUCGAGUUCAUUGUGCGGGUUUCGUACAUUGAGAUCUACAUGGAGAAAAUCCGCGACCUGCUGAAGCCAACGUCGACAAACUUAAACGUCCGCGAGAGUCGCGAGCGAGGUGUGUGGAUCGCGGGCGCGACGGAGGUUUGCUGUGCCUCAGUGGAGGAAAUGCAGGAGGUCAUGCGUUUGGGGGGAGCCAACCGAGUUAUUUCGUCUACGAGGAUGAACAAUGAAUCCAGUCGUAGUCACUCUGUAUUCAUCAUCACUAUUGAGCAACGGAACAUGGCGACUGGGUCGAUGAAGAGUGGAAAGCUGUUCCUGGUGGAUUUAGCUGGAUCGGAGAAGGUUGGAAAGACCCACGCCAAAGGUCAAACGCUGAAGGAGGCACAGCACAUCAACAAAUCGCUGAGCGCGCUGGGGAGUGUAAUGAAUGCCUUGACUAGUGGUCAUUCUGGCAUGCACAUCCCGUACCGCGACUCCAAACUCACUCGGCUGCUGCAAGACUCACUAGGAGGAAACUCCGAGACGACUCUCCUCGUCUGUGCUAGCUCGAGUAGCUAUAACAGCGAGGAGACAAUAUCCACUUUGCGGUUUGGCACUCGCGCGAAGAACAUCAAGAAUAAGCCGAAGGUGAACGAAGAACGAACCGUGGCAGAGUACAAGAUCCUUGUCGCUGAAAAGGACAGGCGCAUAGCUUCGUUGGAGGCUUUACUUCGCGAGGCUAAGCGCGACGCCAUUGAACCAGCAGAGUCUACAGUGGAAGAGCAACUGAAAGUUUUCGCGGCCAAAGUGGAGGAGCUUGAAGACGACCAGGCUUCCAAGGCAGCUGAAUUAUCCAGUCUGGAGGACAGGUGUGCUGAACUCGAAACCCAGAACAAACAGCUCCUGGAAAAAGAGCAAGAAGUUGCUUCGAUCGUGAGCCGAAAUGAAGACUUCUCGAAAAAGGUGACGUUUUUGGAAAGCGAAUUGGAGGCCAAGGCAAAAGAAUGUGAAGACCUCAGCCUGAUCUCAGCAAUGGAAAAUGAACUUCUUCGGCAGCAGCUGGCGGCGAAGACAAACGAGCUCAAAAUUUGCACGCAGCGUGUUGAGCUGUUGCAACACAAGCUCCGUGAAUUCGAUGCCCAUCUGCAAGUGUUCCCAGUUGCACCGAUCGAUAUGGAUUCGGAGGUUGUGCAGCGACUAAUUCGCAGCAUGCCUGAGAAGGGCCGAGAGAAGAUUUCGAAAUGGUUGGGUUUCGUGCUCGAAGGACGUGACAUCCGAUCCAAUUUCCACCCUGAGGUUUCAAUUGAAAGUCUCAACGAAGAAGUGAACCGCGAUAUACGGCGGUUGAUUGUUCCGCUGCUGAAGAACCGCCGUGAUCUUAACGUCCAGCUGUAUGUCCGCACACGAUACGUUCCCGUGUCGGACCUGAAGAUCACGCUUGAUCAUAAACACAAGGAUGAAAUGCGUCUUGAAGCCUCGAGUGACAACGGAACUAGUGAAGGCACUUCUGCAUCUCCCAGUUCAUCGCUGUUGUGGGCGAAAGAUCAUCUCUUCUACGGGCCAAAGAGCGACGCUUCCAGUCCGUCGGUGCUUCAUGCAAGCCGAAAACUCGCUCCGUCGAAAGACCGGUUCAUAUCGGAACCGAUCGACCUCGGUGCCAGUAUGACCGGGUCCAGAUCGAUGUUGCCGUCAUCCCGUACCGCCCAGAAGUUGAGUCGAAAGGCCUCACUUCCGUUUGAUUCAUUUCAUGCUUCGGGAUCCGGUCCUGGUAGCGGGGGAGUAUUUAGCCGAAGACUGAAGACUGGAAUGGGUGCAGUGCUUGGCGACGUGAAGACCAAGCUUAAUGCUCGAUACCACAAGAACCAUGUUCACGAAGAUGCUCUCUGCAAUGGCUGUGGAAUAAGCCCCAUCGUUGGAGCAAAGUGGAGCUGUAGCACCUGCGUGAACUAUGAGCUGUGCACCAGUUGCUACUCUGCUGGCACUCAUGGGUUUGAGGUCAACAACGAGAUGUGUCGACGAGUUGAACAACUCGCGGUUCAGAAGCACCGCUUGCUCGGAGAGUAUCCCGAGCUGUUUGAACUAUUUCGCCGUCACGUUUGCAACGAUAACGUGAUCCAAUUUCGGCGAAUUGUGGAGUGGCUGAGCGCUAUUGUAUCUGGACGAGCACGCUCGGGCGAGAUUUACCAUAAGAUGAUCGUGAAAAGCGGUUUGCACCCGGACAUUCGAGCCCGACUAGUAGCUCAGCUCGGGGCGCUAGCUAGCCAACGCACCGACAUCUCGUUGAAGACAGAAUGGUUUACGGAGAGCACAGCAGAUGAAGACUCCGAUGGCAGUCAAGAGUCCGAACCAACGGAGCCCGCGCCCGCCGAGCUAGCUGGGGACAUGCUGUCGACCUUUAGCCCGCCGGACGUUAAAUUGGAGACGCUGCGAAUCGAGCCGGUAGCAACAGCAGCGCUAUCGGACCUGCUGGACCCGACGGCAACCGACCCGCCAUCAUUGAGGCGAACUGUGAGCGAAGCGUCCGCGAACAGCGAUCAUGACGAAGUGCGACAGCUACCAGACAUGCAGCGCAAGCGGUCUCUGGAUCUGCCCACGUACGGCCGCCAGCAGGUCAAGUCGAUCACCCGCCUGAACCUGUGA